ACAGUCACGUGCUCCCAGUCCGCGUAAAGUGUGUGUGCGCGAGGAAGGGGUUGACACAGCUCGCGCACUGCGAUCAAAUAUCAGUCGGGGUGGCGAGAGACCGUAGCCCGUGCUUGACUCGGAACCGCUAGGACGAGAAAAGCGAACACAUCCGCGUUUGAAACGAGUCAUAUAAGGCCUCGCGUGCGUGCGAUUGUCGUUGAGGAUAUCGCGAGUGAAGGGAGAUCGCGGCGCGCGGCGGAGGAGACGCAGAAGUCCGAGUCCGAGUCCGAGUCCAUAUCGAUACGCUAUUUAAUUAAAGGUUUGUGCGAUGGGCUUACUGUCGCAAGGGUCGCCGCUCAACUGGGAAGAGACCAAGAAACAUGCGGACCACGUUAGAAAGCACGGCAUCCUGCAGUUCCUCAACAUCUACAACAAGGUCAAAGAGCGCCAGAGGGAUGUGCUGAAAUGGGGAGACGAGGUGGAGUACAUGUUGGUGGAAAUGGAUGACAAAAAUGGAAAAGUCCGCCUAGUUCUGAACGGGAAGGAUGUUUUGGAAAUCCUUCAGGAAAAGGGUGAAAACAUCAACCCCAACCACCCCACUCUGUGGAGGCCGGAGUAUGGCAGCUACAUGAUCGAAGGGACCCCCGGGCAGCCGUACGGAGGGACCAUGUCGGAGUUCAACACGGUGGAAGACAACAUGGGAAAGCGAAGGAGAGAAGCCGCAUCUGUGCUUAAUAAGAACGAGACUCUCCUCACAGUUACAUCAUUUCCCAGGUUAGGCUGCCCGGGCUUCACUCAGCCAGAAUACAAACCCACACCUGUUGAAAAAGGGGUGUCCAAAUCGCUCUUCUUCCCCGACGAGGCCAUAAACAGACACCCUAGAUUCAGCACUCUGACCAGAAACAUACGCCACCGGAGGGGCGAGAAAGUGGUGAUAAAUGUACCAAUUUUUAAAGAUAAAAACACCCCGUCUCCUUUCGUGGAGACGUUCGCGGAGGACGAUGGAGAAGCUGUCCGGGGAGCCCUGCCUGAUCACAUCUACAUGGACGCCAUGGGCUUUGGCAUGGGAAACUGUUGCCUGCAGGUGACCUUCCAGGCCUGCAGCAUCAGAGAGGCGCGCUACCUUUACGACCAGCUGGCCACUUUCUGUCCCAUAGUGAUGGCUCUCAGCGCUGCCUCGCCGUUCUAUCGGGGCUUCGUAUCAGACAUUGACUGCCGCUGGGGUGUGAUCUCUGCGUCUGUGGAUGACCGAACCUCAGAGGAGCGGGGCCUGGAGCCGCUGAAAAACGACAAAUUCCGGAUCCAUAAAUCACGCUAUGAUUCGAUUGACAGCUACCUCUCCUGCUGCGGUGAGAAAUACAAUGACAUUGAGCUGACCAUCGAUGAAGAUAUCAACAAGCAGCUCCUAGAUGCAGGCAUUGACAGACUGCUGGCACAGCACAUUGCGCAUCUCUUCAUCCGCGACCCGCUGUCACUCUUCCAGGAGAAGAUUCAUUUGGAUGAUGAGAACGAAUCGGACCACUUUGAGAACCUUCAGUCAACCAACUGGCAGACAAUGAGGUUCAAGCCGCCCCCUCCAAACUCUGACAUCGGAUGGAGAGUCGAGUUCCGUCCAAUGGAGGUAUUAAACAAACAGCCGUCUGCCCGCUGUCUGUCUGUGUGCCAAAUGAUGCAAGCAGACGCGGCUUGACUGGAUGUGUGCUUAACAAAGCAGACGUCAGUACU